AUGGAGUGGAUUUCAUUCAUCACCGUCGGGAGCUGGUUGUCGACCAUCGCCAGCCUCACGGGCAAUGUGUACAGCGGCCGAGAUCCCGUUCACGCUGAAGAAAAAGCACUGGGCACCAUCAAUGUUCUGCUGAGAGAAAUGGAUUUCAAGGACGUACACUUUCUGCUGGCUUUGGCCAUGCUGCGACUGCUGAUGCCUUUUGCCGACGGAAAUGUCUUUGCGUCCAAGCACCCAGACUCAGCUCCCGAAUGCGUGGCCAGGGUAGAGGCCAUCAUGGAGCCAGCACUGUGGGCACCGCACUUUUUCAACGAGACUUGGACUGACACUGUCGCAAUAGCCAAGCUGACAAUAUCCGAUCUCAGAAAUGCGCUCAGAAGUCGUUUGGAAAAGGCCGCAUGGAUGGACGUCGAUUCCCGGAAAUUCGCGCUGCGUAAGCUUGACAACACGGCCAUCUUCACAGGCUUCCCCGAUGCUGUUUCCGACGAGAAACGCCUGAACAAAUACUACGAGAAGUACCAGUGGGACGACGGGGAGUUCUUCAGACACUGGAUAAAUGGUGCCUUUGAACGGCAUCAGUCCUUGAUACACAAGCAGAACGACGUGUUCUUCAGCGUAAGCGCGCCUAGGGUGAUCUACGCGGAAAGUGCCAGCUGGGCCGCUGUUGCGCCCGCUCUUCUUCAGCCGCCGUUCUUCAUCAAGGACGGGCCGGAUUCAUUCAACUACGGCAGCCUUGGCCAGGUCCAGUAUCAAGGAGCGGAUGAUCCCGAAGAUUUGUUAGCCGAGAUCGAUUCGCUGAGCGUGGCAUACAAAGCUUUCCUAGAGCUUCCCGCGGACAAGAGAAGCGUGGUGCUGCCAGGACUACAGUUCAGCUCAAGCCAGAUUUUCUUCGUGGCUCACUGCGCCAAGAUGUGCGAGCUGAGUGAGGGCAUUGAGCACGGCCGCCUGACUUCCCGCACCAAGUGCGUCGUGCCCCUCAGGCACGAACCAAACUUCGCUCAUGCCUUCAAGUGCUACGCCGGCUCUCGCAUGAAUCCGGAACAGAAAUGUUCGGUGUGGUGA